AUGGAGCGCCCUGCCCUGUUUGUUGGCGACGCUGAGGAAGGGGAGGCAACCCUCAAAGAAUCUGAGACUCUUUACAUGCCGUCGACUGAGCCCGUGCCGGCUUGUCCGGAGUACUUGCUGCCGAGCGAGGAAUGGGAGCUGGAGGUGCUUUCCACCUUCGUCGACCUGCGGCAGUACAUGCGGCGGUGGAAGGCGACGGCGGCGGUAAGCCCGGCGGAAAGAGAGCCCGUGCCGGCGCUGAAAGACAGCACCGGCUGGCACAUCUUCUGCCUCGGGUACGCGGAUCAGGAGGAGGAGGACGACGAAGAGGUGGUGGAGUCAGCCGUGAGCGGCGGCGGCGGCUCGAGGGAUCCCCGUAGGGACGAUGACGCCCAGAGCACCUACUGCACGGCACCAGUCGAGAGCAGCGCCAUGUUCGACAUGUUCUCGGCCACUCUCGGGAAGGCAACCGCAGAGGAGGAAAGGGAACAGGGACGAGACGGCAAACCUCGAUCCCCCUCCUCGGCGACAACGGCAACGGCGGUACCCACAGUGGCAUCCGCAUCUACGACGGCCUCGGGGGACGCGCAGAUUGGACAAACGGAGAGGCGCACGGGGAGGGAGUGGCUGCGGACGCACCCCCACGGAACCCCCCCUACGAUGCGACUAGCCAUGCAGUUCGAUCAGGUCUUGACGCAAAAGGUCCUGGCCUUUCACGCUGAUUGGCUACGGGACCACCUCCUCUCGAGAGCAAGAGCCGUGUGGAUCUACACCCUGCUGGCGUGCCUCGAGAAACCCUUAGGAAGCGAGACGGCGGCGUUGGUGAGGGAGAUUCUCCGGAGAUGUUGCUCGCAACGAGCAGAAGUGGAGUCGCCGCUAGACGACAACUUGCCCGCGCUCAACAUCAUCACGGCCAUCACUGGCAGAUUUUUCCAGCAGGCGGAAGUGGCAUGAUAAUAGACCUAUGCCAAGCCGAAAAAUCCACGAACCGGAACGGGAGCGAAAAACGUGGUGCAAGUACGAACCGACAAGCAGCCCAACGCUUGGCGGGUUACGCCGCUGGGCGAUUCAACACGGUCAACAGCAGUACCAGCACCAGUCAGUACUGAAAUCUUGUGUCUGCUCUUGUGUGUGCUAUGGUCCCAUUUGACGCCGGCUCGUUUGGGUGUGUUUUUCGACGCACCGGUCGGAGUCACGCGGGAGGGGAGGCCACACAGACAGGAUUUUUGAAACUUUCAUUUCCAGCUGGGCUAUUUGAGUGACGUGCGGGUCAUCCGCCAACGCUUGGGUGGUUGGUAGCUGGUAGUAAGCAGCAUGUGUUCCGAAUCCAAGAACUGGGGGUAGGCAUGAUCUCGUGUGUGCAGCAUUAGGCUAGUGCUUUUUGACCAACAUUGGAAGUCGUGUGCACCAUUCAGCAGGGCGCAAGCGGCGAAUUCCUUCGAAAAGGGUUGUACUGUACCUUGAUAAUCUUUUUUGGAGGAGUCGCGUGCAUGUACCAUUUCAGCAGGGUGCAAGCAGCAGCGAGUCCCUUCACAAUGUUUCCUGUUUCAUUUUUCGCAAGUCGUUAAGAGAGCGUUCUGUGACGUUGGAUGUGGUCGAUGAAUCCUAGAGGGUAGGAUAAGGUAGUAAAUGUGUUGUGCUAGCCCGUAGGGUGAUGACGACAUUUGCAGGCUUUUUUUGCCGGGUGUUUUUGUCCUGUGUACCCCUAGAUGGAUAAGGAUUUUUUCAAGCAAGUUCGCAAGCGUUGUGGCUUAGAAGCCUCUCAAGGCUCGAUGCGUAUCUGGUGAACCGCGGGAAAUGGCAUUUCCGAUCCGAAGUAAUUUUUUGCAGGUUGUUUUCCUUAUAUAUCUAACAAUCAAAGGGGAAGGGUCGAGUGACCUCUCCCCUUCAUUUGCUUUGUACGCGUGUGUGUUGCUAAUAUUUAGUAGCCACGGGAACUCUUUCCUGUUUUGCCUUUUAGAGACUACUGCCUGUAGAGAGAACAGGGAGAACAGGAGGUAGUCGUGGCGCAUGAUACUGCUGUUGCUGUCAGGACGUGACAAGACAGGUAGGUGUGGUUUGGGCCGUUUAGUUGCUUCUCUUCCAUUCGAGGCAACGACGUUGUCUUGGCUUCGCCUAGUCUUAUCUCGUUCGGCACGGGGUAGCAAGAGGGGUUGAGACGCGGGCAGAUACAAAUGUCCUUGAUAAUGAAAACCUAAAUAGAUUUGUCUC